AUCAAGAGGGGGUGGGUGAUAGAGUCGGCUGGGUGAAUUGGGUGCUUUUCAGGGGGUGACUUUCCGCCGUUUCGCCGAUGUGAAGUGGCUCUUUUAGCCAGAAUACCUACCUCUAAUCCAAACACGUUAAAUAAUAGCACACUAUGGAAGAAGUCGAUCAGAUCAUAAUACACACUCUCCGGCAAGUCGGCUGCGAACUGGGCGACGAUGUCGUCUCGUUGAAGCAGUUCACGACGGAGAUUACGGUCGAAGGAGUCGUGCGGUGCUUGAGGUUCAUAAGUCCUGACCGCGAGCUACCCAUCCACGUCUCACCGAACAUGGUGGAACGCUACAAUUUGGGAAUGACGCUGGCAAGCGCGUGCACCGAGCUAGGUUUCAAGGGGGAUCUCGGCUACCAGACGUUUUUGUACUCGAGUGAGGCCGAGAUGCGACGGAUAUUCAUGUUCCUGAUUGAAAAGCUACCCAAGGAGAGCGAGAAGAUAGUCGACCAACAGUUGGGGGCAGGUGCCGUCAUGGCUCGGGCAAUAUCGGAGGAGAUUUCCAGGCAGCUGAAUGCACCGUGGCUUCCGAGCUACUGCAAGAGGAAUGGCGUCAGGUGGAAAGGUAGCCACUGGUGGAGAGAGGACUACAGCAGCUGCAGGGCUUUGGAAACCUGUAAACUGCUUCCACCUGGAAGUGAGCCAGGUGCAUCUAAGGAGCCAAUAUGGAGGCAGGUUCACGACAGAAGAAGCCUAGCGCCCUCUGUGUUUGAGUUCAACGCUGCUGCCUUAGCUUCCCAGCAGGACCAAGAGGCAGACUUGCACCAGGCCGGCUUGUUGUCGAAGGGACUGCAGCAAGAGCACAGGCAGCGGAAGAAGGAGCGAGUCCAGAAGAGGAUAGCAGACGCUUUCCAGCAGUCCCUCCUCUCGACGGACCAGUCCAGGGUGGAUGUGUCCAAGUUACUGUCCUCGCUGAGCUUAGAGGACGAGGCCAUGCGACCAAGGGGCUCCAAGUUCACCCGAGCCGAGAAGCUGCAGUUCACAAAGGAGGAAGAGACUAAGCAGGCUGCCGGGGAUGGUGCGAGACUGGAGCUUCCGAAGCGGACUUCGGAGGAAGACGCAGAGGCCAAGGUGAAGGAGAUGCAAGCGCAGCUGGACAGCAUCUCGGAGGUCAUCGUCCAACUGGAAGGCCAGGAGAAGGAGCUGACUGCUUCGAUGCAGCAGGUCUCUGAGGACAUCCGCGUGAAGCAAGCGCAGAAGGCAGAGCUGGAGAGCCAGAACGAGCUGGAACACCGGGCGCUGGCGCUACUUCCGGACGCAGAGGGCAACAUUGCCAAGCUGCAGGGCAAGGUGGACGCAGCGGCGCAAAAGCUGGUGGGCCUCUCGGUGCAGUGGGAGAAGCACAGGGCCCCGCUCAUCGAGCAGUAUCGACAGCUCAAGGAACAGUGCUCCAAGAGGCUCAAUGAAACGCAACAGAAAUUGGAGGAAAUAAAAUCCCUGAAGGACAAGAUGCGCGAGAUAUCGGAACAGGCUAGGAGCAAAGAAGAACUCCACAAACAACUGGUUAGCGAGUAUGAGAAACUCGCAAAGGAUGUGAACCGUUCGUCAUACACGAAGCGCAUCACCGAGAUAGUCGGGAACAUCAAGAAACAGAAAGAAGAAAUCGCAAAGGUAUUGAUUGACACAAAGACCCUCCAGAAAGAAAUCAACCAGCUAACCGGCAAGCUGGAUCGGACGUUCACUGUGACGGACGAACUCAUCUUCAAGGAUGCCAAAAAAGAUGAAGCUGUGAGGCGAGCCUACAAGUAUCUGGCUUCAGUGCAUGAGAAUUCGAACCAACUGCUCCAGGCGGUGGAAGAGACGGGCUCCAUCAUGCGGGAGAUGCGCGACCUGGAAGACCAGAUCGAGCAAGAGAGCCAGAAGAAGGUGGUUGCCAACCUCGAGAGGAUAACCGCCGACUACAAGCAGAUGAAGCAGGAAAACGCGUCUCUCUUGGCCCAGUUGAAGGGAGAGUAGCAAGAUCGCCGUCCGUCGACAUAACCAAAGCCCUCGGAACUGCGGUUGGCAGAAGCGUGCCCCUGACCGGUGUGUUUACUGCAUCCUUCAAUGCGAUCCCUCAGUUUCCCCCUCAACGAUGUUGCAGAAGUGUAAUGCUAUGCGGAGAGAAAGUUGUCUGCUUUGGAGCAGUUGCGGCGACGUCAGAAUGACACCGAGCUCCGAUUGAAAAGAUAGUGGGUAGACCUCAAUGCUAGAUGGCCUUGAGGUCUACCCACUAUUUUUUUUUGAUCGCCCAAUAAGAAUUUGGCGCUCUGACAUCGUCGCAACCGCUGUGCAAGAAGCAGACGGACUUACGCUUCACAUUGCCUGCCACGAUCAUGGCGGUGGCACAGGGGUAUGUGUGGCAAAAACCCAUUCUGCCACAGGUUGCUCCGCAACCAGAUGGCCGACGGAAAACUAAAGCAGACGCAAGUUGGAACGCCGCGACGACCGCCUCUUUCGCCGGCAUUUCUACAACCAGCUGCCAGGAUUCGUUUCGACGUCGGCCGGCGUGACACGCUGGCUUGUGCGGCACAAUUCUUUGCCACCUUGGGACCACUUCCGACAUGCAGUAAAACAUGCCAGUCGAAGGCUCGUUCCAGGCACCAUACUCGGAACAUUUCCAAGACCUGUACCAUAGUAUUUUUGUAGGUAAUUUAUAUACUUUUUGCCGUUAAAUAAACGGAAAGCUGUACAGCUCUA